AUGGCCAACUAUCUGUGGAGUGUUACGCGGAAAAGUCGCUCUUUGCUGGGUGGAAUAUUCACACCGCGGUCGUACGGUUCCGAAGUACAUCGUUCUGGUGUCGCCGGUGUAGCCACGGUUGCUGCUAAUAACCGAUGCAAACCACCAGCUGCUGCACUCUCACAUGCAUUUGCAGUCGAUGCAUUUAACGCGGAUAGAAACCGUAGUAUACUGAGCGAAACAAACGCAACUCUCUACAGCGAUCGGUACGAGCGAAGCGACAUCCAGUAUUGCAGUGACAAUAUCUCCUCCACAGCUACGGGCAACCAACCGAAAGAAAAUCAACCUUCCGAGGAGCAGUUGCAUCGUGUCUAUCACGUGCUGUCGCAAACAUUACCCAAGCUAUUCGUCCAACCGCUCGACUACACCAUCUACAGCCCCAACUUAAUCUUCGAGAACAACAUUCGCGGUACACGGACGGAAGGAUUGUACCAUUACGUGAAGCAAAUCGCAUUGUUGCGUACCGUCGGCCACCUAAAGUUUGCCUACGUUACAUUCGAAGUGCUCAAAAUCACCAAACAUCCCGAGGAUAACACGGUGAAGGUGCGAUGGCGCAUCCGGGGCAUUAGUGCGCUCAAGGUGAUGCUGAAAUUUUGGAAGUAUAAGCUAUGGAAAUUGAAGGAAAUAUUCGACGAGCAGGAAGCUUGGUAUGAUGGAUUCUCAGUGUUAUACGUUGGCCCUGAUGGAUUGGUGUCUAAGCAUGUAGUAGAUAAGAUAAUGCCGGACGAUGAUACGGUGAAGGUCCCGCCGAAAACUAUCGUUUCACCAAAGUUGGCUUUAAUGGUUGGGCUUACGGCAGAAAUCUAUCCGGUAGUGGGCACAAUGAAUUGA